AAACGGAAGCGGAAGUGCCGCCAUCUCCUCAGACCAGCCGAGCAACAGCAGGGUCAGUGCUGACGGUUUUUGAGAAAGUAACGUUAGCUCUGUUAUAUCAGUAGAAUCGGUUUUGUGACACAUUACAUAUUUAAAUGACGAACGCGACUCGAGAGGUGAUAGUUGUGAAAGAAAACCCCUGUCGCUUCAAUCUGUCACGCACUCACGCGCGUCUCUUUAUGAGUUGAGUUAGCAUAGCGCAGCGCUCACGCCUCUAAAUGAGUGUUUUUAAUUCAGCGCCGUGACAGAGACAACAGCGCUUUCCUUUACUCCCGUCUUCUCCGGUAAUAACCCGCUUUCUGCUGUUCGGCUGGAUGUCUGGUCGUGUUUGAGGGGGGGGGGAACUGAAGCUCAACGUUGUUUCACCCCACAUCUGUGGUUCCGGGCCCUCAUGUGGCCGCCGUGCGGAGGUUUGGAACAGUGGACAGGUUAAACACUGAGAGACCCCGACCUGAGCACGCACAUAGAGAAAGACCGAGAGGGGGGGAGAGAGACUGACACUCCCAGAUUUUGCAGAACCUGAUAGCCAGCCUGUUGCCAUGUCGACAUCAUCGCUGCGGCGACAAGUGAAGAACAUUGUUCACAAUUACUCAGAGGCGGAGAUAAAGGUGAGGGAAGCAACCUCUAAUGACCCAUGGGGUCCCUCUAGCUCUCUGAUGUCAGAGAUUGCUGAUCUGACAUACAAUGUAGUGGCCUUCUCAGAGAUUAUGAGCAUGGUCUGGAAGAGACUCAACGACCAUGGGAAGAAUUGGAGACAUGUAUAUAAAGCUAUGACUCUGAUGGAGUAUCUGAUCAAGACAGGAUCAGAGCGAGUGGCACAGCAAUGCAGGGAAAACAUCUACGCUGUUCAGACACUCAAAGACUUUCAGUACAUUGACAGAGAUGGCAAGGACCAGGGUGUGAAUGUACGGGAAAAGGCCAAGCAGCUGGUGACUCUGCUAAAAGAUGAGGAGAGGUUAAGAGAGGAGAGAAUCCAUGCACUCAAGACCAAAGAGAAGAUGGCACAGACCAGCAGUGCAUCUUCGGCCCCUUCUGCUCCUGCUUUAGGGGGAGGAGUGCACUCAGGAGCAGACGCUGAGCAGGCGUGGCCCCAGAGCUCCGGAGAGGAGGACCUGCAGCUCCAGCUGGCACUGGCCAUGAGCAAGGAGGAGGCAGAGCAGACUAGCAAAGACCCUCUGGAAGAUGCAGAGAUCCGCUACGCACUCACAGUCAGCCAGGAGACUCACCAAAAGGAGGAGCGUCUGCGCAGGGGAGACGACCUGAGGCUGCAGAUGGCCAUCGAGGAGAGUAAGAGGGAGAAAGCCAAGCCCGAGGAGUCGUCUCUGAUGGAGUUGAGUGUCGUAGAUCCUUGGGGGGCCCCUGCAUCGGGCUCCGCGGGACCCUCUCCUCCACCCACUUUGGCUCCUGCUGCAUCCACCGCUGGGCCUUGGGGCCAGGCCGACCCGUGGGGGGCCGCCUCCCCCGCCUCUCCCCCGAGUGCCGAUCCCUGGGGAAGAGCACCAGCGACAGUAGUCCCAGACCCAUGGGGUGACUCGUCCUCUAGAGUGAACUCUGACCCCUGGGCAUCCACAGCUGUGACCCCUCCAAGUGCCGACCCUUGGGCUCACUCGGUGGCUCCGGCUCCUACUCCGCUCUCAGGGUCAACCGAUCCCUGGGCAGCGGAAGGAGCCGCCCCUGCCACUGACGGUCUGACCUCUGACCCCUGGAGUGGCUCGGUUAAACAAACUAAUGGCACAGCAGAUCUAGAGAGAAGAGGAUCCUCGUUGACAGGAGGUGAUGUGGGAGGUGGAGGCAGCACAGGCUCUCCGGUGCCCUUUGACCUUUCAUCGCUCGGUUCCUCCUUGCCUGUUCGAAAAACGCCAGAGUCAUUCUUGGGCCCCAAUGCAGCGCUCGUGGAUUUAGACUCACUUGUAUCAUCAAAACCCAAACCUAAACAACCUCCACCGCCAAGCAUCUCCUCAACAUCUCACAACCCCUUUCUACAGACACAGGGUCCCUCCUCAACAGGUAUGGGAGUUACCCCGGGCAGUACCAUUUCCAGUAGAGGGGUGUCUCCGACCCCAUCUUCCACUUCUAAUCCCUUUGGCGUGACCCCGAUGGCAUCCAUCUCUCCUCAACCUUCUUCACUUGGUUUGAGCCAGCUCCGUACAAGCCCUGUUCCCCCAAACCCUAUGCUGGGUCACAUGGCUCCACCAACAGUGGGAAUGGUUCAGCCAGGGAUGACCAUGCCAGUAAUGGGGGUCCCUAUGGCGGCCCCUGGUAUGGGCAUGGGAAUAGUACAGUCCAGCUCAAUGGGCAUGCCUUUUGGUGGAAUAUCCCCCAUGGGUCCUGCAGGAAACCCCUUGCUGAUGGGCUCAGGAGGCCCUGCGCAGCCUUCACUGAUUUUGGGUGGGCCGUCUGGGGUGGGCGGAGUAAUGGGAACAGGAGGUUCCAUGGGAGGUGGAACCACAGGCACAAGCACCAAUCCUUUCCUCCUUUGAGAGAUUUCACCAAUCCCACGUUACCCUAUCCACUCAACAACCAAUCCAAACCUGCCCUACCAACACAAACAGUUUGUGUUUGACAAAAAAGAAAUGUGUGUACAUCUCUAUAUUUAAUGAAAAAGUAAAAACAAAAAUUUGUUAUUUUCUUUCACAAAACAGCAUUUCAAUUAUUAUUAUAUAUAUAUUUUUUUUCAUUUUAUUUUACACCGUAUUUGGAGUAUUUAUUUCCCCUUUCGUUCAAUUUUUUUUUUCUUUGACAGACAUGGAUGAUUGGCAGGUUCAUUCAAUGAAUGCAGGUUGUUAAUAUUGUUAUAUUAUUAGGAUGAUUGUUAUUGCUCAGUAACAGGAAGAUGAAGAUACGGGAGGAGGAAAACAAGCCACUAAUGAACUCAAUCAUACACCCCUUUCUCCCUCUUUCAUUGAGGCGAACCUCUGAUGAAAGAGUAACAUGAAGGAUGACUGACGGGCUUGAGAAGUAUUCAGCUGUUGGUUUUAUUCACAACUCUACUAAAAAUCAUCAAUAGAUGUAUUACUUUUAAUUUAAUUUAAUGUGUAAUCUUGUGUAAUUUAUUUUAAUCGAAUGUGUUUGACUCCUGGGAACGAUUAAACCGAGGAAAAUCGCACUGGAUAUUGCCAUUGAAACAGAUGCCUGCUUGGUUUCCUUUGACCUGCGAAAUUUCAGUGCACGUCAUGUGGUUCUUAUACAGAGGAGCAGGGGCUGUAUGGGUGCUUGUGUGUGAGUAUGAGAGCAUGUAUGAUGUGUCCAGUGUUUUCACUUGGCCCACGGCUGUGCUUCUGAUGGGGUUUUAUCAGCAUAGUCACACUUUCAGCAUAAUGGUUAUUUUCAGCCAUUUAUUUUUACAGUCGUAAGAAUCAAAGCAUUCAACACCUGUUCACGUGAGAAACAGCACCUGUGUCUUUGCAUUUCACCUCAGCACCUUUUUACUUUGACAUUUACACAGAGAAUGGGAAUUGUUCACGAUUAUGAAAAUGGAAAAGAGUUAUCUGAAUGAUUUAUGUGAAAUCAUAAUGUAAAAUUGGGGAAUGAAUGACAUGAUUCAUGCUGUUAUUCUUUAUUUACUUUCAAUGAAUUAUUUUAUAUAUAUGAAAAUUUUAGAGAUGUUUCUCUAAUAUUGGCUAUGGUCAAAAAUUGUGCGGUGUUGACUGUAAACAUUCACAUUGAAAAAUAAAAUGGAGAAAAAAAAAUCUAAGAAA